CUGGAGCCUCCUUUGGAUUCUGUGUCUCCCUCUCUCUGUCCCUACCCCGCUCAUGCUCUGUAUGUCUCAAAAAUAAAUGUUAAAAAACAUUUUUUUAAGAAAAAAGGCUUGAUUUUAGUUGAAAACAGGAGCAAGUGGAAGUUGCCUUUUUUUUUUUUUUUUUUUUAAUCAGGUGGCUCCUUAAAACUGACGGCCAUUUUGAACCCCGACUCUUACUAAAUCUUGUGUUCCAAACCCUGGAUCUUGGAUAGGUUACUGUCUCAGUGGCUGCUCUUUCUUGAUUGCUGCCUAGGACGAGUGGCCAAGGCCAGAUAUGCGAGUUUUGGCUAAUCUCUAAUUUUAUCAAGCUUUUCAAACGUUUGAAACCGGGAAAGAUACUUAAAGCUUGUGCUGAUAGUAUUUUGGAUUGGGGCUUAUCCACAACCGAUUCUACUCUUUAGGAAUCAUCCAUUGGAAACUACCCUCACAGACCCUAGAUCUUGGCUUCACAGUUCACAAAUGCGGUGAGGUAGUUGUGGCUUGUAUUUUAGCUGGUUGCCUCUUUUUGGUCCCGUAAUUGCUCUCUCCGCAGAGGCAGUGAAUGGAGAAUUCUCCCUAAGGUCAGCGUUUAAUUAAUUGCCUCGCUCUGCUGCUAUAGUAUUCCAGGCAUCGAUCCUACUAUUAAAAUUGCCUGGAGGUUGCCAGCACGUCGGAUUUCGGUCUGGCAGGGAUUGCCCGGAGUCAUUGAGUUGAGAGGAGGGAGGCGCCUCGUGCAGUUUACUAUCUCGGUGGGCGGUGGCCCGAGGCGCGGGACCUAUCCGGUGACUAGAUUGGGCCUUGCCCCUGUCCAUCAUCGCGAGGCUCUCCGCGCCGACUGUUUUGCCCUGAGAUUUGGAAACGGAGCACCGCCUAUGGGAAAGGGGGAAGUGAGGGGCGGUGAGGGUAAACGUUGCGUGUGUUCCGCCAUCUAUUGGAUGGCUGCUGUGUCAGUCAUACUCUGCCCACUCCCGUUGGCUGGAAGGCUCCAGGCAGGUAGCGUGGACGCGGCGCUGCCCCCUCCCGAGCUGCGAUCCGGGCGCGUGACGUCUCAGACAUUUGUUGUUGGGGUUUGGGCCUCAUUAAUUAUUCAUCAGGUACUUGAAAGGGCUUCAGUGAUUGGUGGCUAAGAGGCCUGGUCGAUUGUUUCUUAGCUAGAGAUACGUGUCCCUCUUUACGCGGCUGGCGAAGUUGCGCAUAAAUUACCCAAUGAGGGGCAGGGCGGGGCAACGCAUAGAUUAGGCAAAUGCGCCGGGGAGGGAGGGGAGGCCGGCUACGAAUUAGCCUAAGUUAUUAAAGAUGGCGGCGGAGCGGAGUCGCUCCCCGAUGGACUCGCCGGUCCCGGCCUCUAUGUUCGCCCCCGAGCGCAGCUCGCCGGGGGCGGCCAGGGCCGCGGCGGCUGCCGCCCGGCUCCACGGCGGCUUCGACUCGGACUGCAGCGAGGACGGCGAGGCGCUCAACGGCGAGCCGGAGCUGGACCUCACCAGCAAGCUGGUUCUAGUGAGCCCUACAUCAGAGCAGUAUGACAGCCUACUUCGGCAGAUGUGGGAGAGGAUGGACGAGGGAUGCGGAGAGACCAUAUAUGUCAUUGGGCAGGGAUCAGAUGGGACUGAGUAUGGACUGAGUGAAGCUGACAUGGAGGCCUCCUACGCCACAGUGAAGAGCAUGGCGGAACAGAUAGAGGCUGAUGUCAUCCUCCUGCGGGAACGCCAAGAAGCGGGGGGCCGUGUGCGUGAUUACCUGGUCCGGAAACGAGUAGGAGACAAUGACUUCCUGGAGGUCAGGGUAGCAGUGGUAGGCAACGUGGAUGCCGGCAAAAGCACGCUUUUGGGGGUCCUGACCCACGGGGAGCUGGACAACGGCCGAGGCUUUGCCCGCCAGAAACUCUUCCGCCACAAACAUGAGAUUGAGUCUGGUCGCACCAGCAGCGUGGGCAACGACAUCCUGGGCUUUGACAGUGAAGGCAAUGUGGUAAAUAAGCCAGACAGCCAUGGUGGCAGCCUGGAAUGGACAAAGAUUUGUGAGAAAUCCACUAAGGUCAUUACCUUCAUCGACUUGGCUGGCCAUGAGAAGUACCUGAAGACCACUGUCUUUGGCAUGACAGGUCAUUUGCCGGACUUCUGCAUGCUCAUGGUGGGGAGCAAUGCUGGCAUCGUGGGGAUGACCAAGGAACAUCUGGGCCUGGCAUUGGCACUCAAUGUGCCUGUCUUUGUGGUGGUCACCAAGAUUGACAUGUGUCCUGCCAACAUCCUACAAGAAACCCUGAAGCUGUUACAGCGCCUGCUGAAGUCGCCAGGCUGCCGGAAGAUCCCUGUGUUGGUACAGAGCAAGGAUGAUGUGAUUGUUACGGCCUCCAACUUCAGCUCUGAGAGGAUGUGCCCGAUAUUCCAGAUCUCCAACGUCACAGGUGAGAACCUAGAUCUGCUGAAGAUGUUCCUCAACCUCCUCUCCCCCCGCACCAGCUACCGAGAGGAAGAGCCCGCUGAGUUUCAGAUUGACGACACUUACUCUGUCCCAGGUGUGGGGACAGUGGUGUCGGGGACAACACUGAGAGGCCUGAUCAAGCUGAAUGACACACUGCUGCUGGGCCCAGAUCCCCUGGGUAACUUCCUGUCCAUUGCUGUCAAAUCAAUCCACCGCAAGCGCAUGCCUGUCAAGGAGGUGCGGGGGGGCCAGACGGCCUCCUUUGCGCUGAAGAAGAUCAAGCGCUCGUCCAUCCGCAAGGGCAUGGUGAUGGUUUCCCCACGCUUGAAUCCCCAAGCGUCCUGGGAGUUUGAGGCCGAGAUCCUUGUCCUCCACCACCCCACCACGAUCAGUCCACGCUACCAGGCCAUGGUUCACUGCGGGAGCAUCCGGCAGACGGCCACCAUUCUGAGCAUGGACAAGGACUGUCUGCGCACCGGGGACAAGGCCACGGUGCACUUCCGCUUCAUCAAGACCCCUGAGUACCUGCACAUAGACCAGCGGCUGGUGUUUCGGGAAGGCCGCACCAAGGCCGUGGGCACCAUCACCAAGCUCCUCCAGACCACCAACAACUCCCCGAUGAAUUCGAAGCCCCAGCAGAUUAAAAUGCAGUCAACAAAAAAGGGCCCCCUGGCCAAGCGAGAAGAGGGAGGCCCGUCUGGAGGGCCAGCAGUAGGGGCACCCCCUCCUGGAGAUGAAGCUUGCUCUCUAGGGACGGUGCAGCCGGCUUUGUCCAGCGGUCUCCAGGCACAGCCCAAGCCCAGCAGCGGGGGCCGGCGACGGGGGGGCCAGCGUCACAAAGUGAAGUCCCAGGGGGCCUGCGUGACUCCUGCCAGCGGCUGCUGAAUCUCCCCUGGCCCACCCCCACCACCCAAGGGAUCCAUGUACUCUGGCCACUGUGCCACCAGAUGGGCCAGAGCAGCUCUGACCACCACCCGUCCUCCCCCAGGCCACAGCUGGAGCCUCAUCAUGCUCCCCCCACCCCCAUUUUCCAGGGGGGUUGUAAUUUAUAAGCUGAGGAAGGUGGCCAGACUUCCGGAGGACUGACCAUCAUCUACCUUCUUCCCUGCCUUCUUCCUUACUCACAUUUUUUGUAUAUCUGGGCCCUUAGUUUUUAUUCUUUUUAUUAUCUCUCUCUCUCUAGUGUGUGUGUGUGGGUGUGGG